AUGUCAGGCCCAUUAUCCUCUACAGAAAAUAAAUCUGAAACACCAGUUCAAACUGUGGAAUUUGAUAAACAUACGAUUAUACAUAAACGCUCUUUACCUAAGGAAAUAAACGAAGUGACUCAAAGCAAUGAGAUAUUCGACGUUGUACUUAACUGGAGUACUGAACAUGCAGCAUUGGUAACUCAGACUCAUUGUUUUGUAUGGAAUUAUAGCGGUGUCGAUAAGCAACCUUUCGAUACCGAUACUCCUGUAUACAAAUUUAAAAUGCCCAUUUGUGAUGAUGAUGAAUUUUUGGAUGAUUUAAGUAAUCAUCAUAAAUUACCAUUGAUAUGCAUUAUACCAUCUAAUCAAAGCCAAAGACCUGGGUUACUUGUUUGUUCCCGCAAAGGUGAAUUUCGAUAUUGGGAAGACAUAACACGAGAUAGUAUAUUUCAAGAUCAUUAUUUAAGUCUGAAGGUAUAUCUUAGAGAAGAAGAUUUUGGAACGCACUUGGCUUGUCAUGAGACUCAUCAGUCUUCACAAGAUACGUGUAUUAUAAUUUUCGGCUCCUUACAAUCUGUAUUAUAUCGUAUUAAUAUCUCCAAAAUGGGAGCAAGUACUACACUUCAUUCUACUUCAUUAUCACGCUCCGUGGGAAUUAUGGAAAACUUUAGCUCAUACCUUUGGUUAAGCAGUAAAUAUGAUACAGGAAACAUUAUCACUUCAACGUUAGGAAAUAGGCUUGAAAAUAAUUUGCUUAGUGAAGUUUAUGUGCUAAUGGACAAAUCAAUAGAGAGAUGGGUUUUUGGAAAUGUCCGUUCGGCAAAUAAGUAUGUGCAAGGACAAGAUAUAUAUAAUAAUAUCAUCCAAGAAAUUUAUCAGAAUGAUAGCAGAGUGAAAGAGACUGAUCAAAUGGACUUAAGAUUACUGGACAUUGAAUUUGCAUGGAAUGGCAAAUUGGUUAUCCUUGUUUCUUACUCUUUUGGGUCGAAUCAAAAUGAGAUCGUAGAGAACAGAAAUUUAUCGUACUCUUUAGUGGUAUUAAGUACUGAGGAAAUACAAUUUUCAGAUGCUGUGAUUUACAAAGUAAGCAGCAUCCAUGGUCUUGAAAAUCAAAGUAACUUUUCAUUUGGUUCACCAGCACAUUUAGUAAUGCCUAACGGAGGUCCAGCUGUUUUCGUAGUUUUUCCGCAGUUAAUUAUAAUGACAACAAUAUUCAAAGAUGUUAGCUAUAAUGGUAUAGUGAGCAUGUCAGAUCCAGUCGGUGAUCGAAUCAUUGGAUGUUGUGGUGAAGGCUCCAAGUCUUGGCAUAAUAAAAAUACCGAUUCUAUAAGUCGAAUAGAUCUACUAACAGCAAAAACUGGUAUUAUGACAUGUAUAUUAAAUCAUGCGAUGAUAAUGGAAAAGGACCCUCAAACUCAAAUGUUUGAUGAUCAAAUGAUUCUCGAUAAUCCAGAGGAAAUGAAGACCCGUGAAUUAAAAAAAAUGUUCGAGCAAGCAAUAUUUAAUACAAGUGACAAAGUGCCGGUGACAAAUUAUAUCUCCCGUGGACAUGGUGGCGAUAUUAAUGCUGUGACUAUCGAAAUUAGCGAUGAAAUUUUGGAUUCACGUUCACAAUAUUUGUCCGAAUUCAUUGAACUUAAAUCACAACUUAAUGAAAGAUUUAACAAAAUGUCCUUCCUUAUUCAAGUAAUCAAAUUUAGCAAUAUGCUUAACGAAUUAUAUCCUUCUACUCGUCAACAUUUAUUUUGGAAUGCAGAAAAAAUGGCAUGUGCACUAAAAUUAUGGGAGCAUUAUAAUGCCUCCUUAUCUUCAAAAAACAAAAUCGAUGAAUCUCGACGUAAAUUACUUGUUAACGCGAUUCGAGAAUAUUUACAAGAACGUAACAUUGAGAUCAAACCUAACGAAGAUAUCGCCAGAUUUUUCUUUCGUUUUCACGCAAAAAUUAGCAAUUGUCUUUUACAAGAGGACAGUAGUAUAUUAGUUCCUGAAGCCAAUAAUAUUAUCUUGCUUUCAUUCGAAGCAGCUUUUAACUUUAGAAGAAAUAAUAAGGAUUUAUAUGUCAUCACUUCAAAUUGUUUGGAGGAAUCUUGGACUUUUCACCCUGAACUUCUGAAUGUACUUUACCAGCAAUUCGAAAAAACUACCGGUAUCAUUCAAAUUUCGGAUAUUCAAGAUGAUUGUGAAAAAAUUGAAACUUUAAAAGAUCAUUUGGUUAAUUUGGCCGAUAUUCUGCUCGGGGCCACCUCUGAACGUUUAAAUUGUGACGAUUCGAUAACUAGGGAAAGUGCACAAAAAUAUCGUAAUGAAUGGAUAACUAUUUUAAAAAGUCUUGUUGAUGUUGGCAAAAGUGAUAGCGCUUUUAGUCUUAGUGAAACUUACGAGGAAUAUAAAAUAUUAGUGGACUUGAUCAUGUAUCACGGUCAAGGUACAAACAAGUAUAUAAAAAAAUAUAUCAUUAAAUAUCAAGAAAAGUUUGAAUAUCCAUUAUACGAGUGGUAUAUCGAAAAAGAAUUAUAUGCCGAUUUAUUAAGCCAACCUCAUGCUUAUGAAUACAAAGACAGUCUUCAAAAAUUCUUGAAUGAGCGUAAUUUAAAGGGUAUUUCUUGGACGCAUGAUAUAUAUUUAAGUCAGUACGGCGAUGCUUCUAUCAAGUUGCGUCAUUUAGCAAAGGGCCAACCCCGAGUAGAUCGAAGCAAGACCUUUCUUAGUAUAAGCAAGUUAACUUUUUUGGCUGAACUUGGCGAUGAAAUCGACUUUAAAAAUGAAGACGUACAAAGAAAUUUGGAAGAAAUUGAAAACGGAUUUGAGCUAUUAAAUGCUUAUUCCGAUUUACAAGAACAAUUUGUUAAGUUUAUAGUUACACAGAGCCAGCAUUAUUCUACAGAAUCGGAACAAGUAAAUGCGAUUAUGGAAGGGACCGCGGGGAAUUGGAAAAAUUAUAAGCCUGAUUUAGCACAGAUUUACAAAAUGCAAGUAACCAAAAUUUUACAGGGUGAAAAGGUUUCAACAAGUGGAUUGAUUGAAGUUUUGACACUUAAAGAUAAAAAAUUGCCGGAUGACUUUCCGUUCGCACUUCAAUUUACACUUAAUGACAAUAAGCUAUCUGAAGAUCAUCGUUGUGCAAUAUUGCAAACAAUAUGGCGGAGAAUUUACUUUAAUGACAAUUGGGAGAUUUUAUUAGAUACCAGUAAUAUGUCCGAUGAAGAAGUGAACGAACGCAUUAAAAGUACUUAUGUUUAUCAUGCGUUGAAUAUUGUGAGCCAUUCUGUUGAUAUUCCGUUAUAUCAAUGGUUCUACCCUCCUGGUGAAGCAUUCUUCUCAAGCACAGUUGAGCAAUUUCAUAGAUGGUAUCCUCUCUUGAAUGAAGAACAAAUAAAAUGUUUAAUAGAGGAUUACAGGAAAGAGAAUGAUGCAUUGAACCAAUUUAUUGAAAAAUAUCACUUGAAUACUUAUGUAGAUUACGCACUUAAAUUGUUAUAA